CUAUUGUCUCUCAACUCAAAAGAAAAACCAAGAAGAAAAAUGGGUGUUCUUGAUCACGUCUCUGAAUACUUCGAUUGCUCCAAUGGUGACUCCAAGAGACACCGAAGUCUACAGACGGUGGACGUGAGGGUUUUGAUAGAUUGUGAAGGAUGCGAGAGGAAAGUGAGAAGAGCGUUAGAAGGAAUGAAAGGAGUAAGAGAUAUAACUAUCGAGCCUAAUGCUCAGAAAGUGACAGUGGUUGGUUACGUUGAGCCAAACAGAGUGGUGGCUCGGAUCAUUCACAGGACAGGCAAAAGAGCCGAGCUAUAUCCUUACGUUCCUUACGACGUUGUGGCUCAUCCUUACGCGUCUGGUGUCUACGAUAAUAGAGCUCCGGUUGGGUACGUUAGGAACACCGAGUAUGAUCCACAUGUGUCACGGCUCGCACGUGCUAGCUCCACUGAGGUACGUUAUACUACGGCGUUUAGCGACGAGAACGCUUCCGCUUGUGUGGUUAUGUGAUUCUUUUUGUGUUGUUUUCAUGUGUUUCUGAGAACUGGAUUUUCUUUGUUUAUAUCUUUUCAUGUUGGUAUGUAAUGUUUCAAGAGCUAAGACCGAGUUAAAAAUGUUUGCAUGUUGUUAAAUAAACUUAAAUGGG